UAGAUUAUAUAAGGCUCAACUAGCCCUUUCUGCGAAGACUGCUGCCCAUCAGUGACCGCGUCGAGCGUCUCCGGACAGUCCGCUCAUAACCUGCUCUUCCAGUUCAUAUUUCAUACAUUUGGGGUAUAACAUCUAAAGAUAAAGGAUCGAAACGGCAAGAUGAGCUCAAUGAAUGUGAAGAAGCUGAAAGUAAACGAGCUGAAGGACGAGCUGAAGAAGAGGAGUCUGUCCGAUAAAGGGCUGAAGGCUGAGCUGAUGGCGCGGCUGCAGGCCGCUCUGGAUCAGGAGGCGCUGUCCACCAACGGUUCUGAAGGGCAGCACGGAGAUGGAGACGGCCUCGGGUACAUGGGCGAUGAAGACCUUGAGGAAGAUCUCGCUGAAGAGAACAUGGAGGCUGAGGAGGAGGAGGAGGAGGAGGAGGAGGAGGAUGGCGAUAACGCGGAGGCUGAGGAGCAGCAGGAUGAUGACAUGGAGGAGGACGCCGGGGUAGAGAUGGAUAAGUCAGACGAAGAUGAAGAUGUCCUGCUCAAAGAAGAUGAUGAAGAGAUGGAGAAAUUUGAUGAGGAUGGUGUGGCUCUCGACAUGGGCCCUGGCGAGGGGGAUGCGGACAAAGACAAGAAUGAUGAACAGAAGAAUAAGAAGGGUGUAAAGAGACGCCGAGAUGAACAUGGAAGGGGCUACUUUGAAUUUAUUGAAGAAAGCAAAUACAGCCGGGCAAAGUCUCCCCAGCCUCCACUGGAGGAAGAGGACGAAGAGUUUGAUGACACAACUGUAUGUUUGGACACCUACAACUGUGACCUGCACUUCAAGGUGUCCCGGGAUCGGUACAGCGCCUCCUCUCUCACCAUGGAGAGCUUUGCAUACCUGUGGGCCGGGGGACGAGCGUCUUAUGGUGUGGCAAAAGGAAAAGCCUGCUUUGAAAUGAAGAUUAUUGAGAAGAUUCCUGUUAAACACAUUUCCAGUAAAGGAAUUGAGAUUCAUGAUGUCCUGGUGGGUUGGUCACUGGUCAACAGCUCUCUUUUACUAGGGGAGGAAGCGCACUCAUAUGGCUUUUCAUCUAAGGCCAAGAAAACCAGCAACGGUUUGACAGAGGACUUUGGGGAGGCUUUUGAUGAGAAUGAUGUUGUCGGUUGCUUUAUUAACUUUGAUGGUGAAGAAGUGGAAAUUUCCUACUCCAAGAAUGGACAGGAUCUGGGAACAGCUUUCAGAGUUAGUAAGGAUGAGCUGGAGGGAAAGCACUUCUUCCCUCACGUCCUCUGCCACAACUGUGCGGUUGAGUUCAACUUCGGCCAGUGUCAAACCCCGUUUUUCCCCCAACCUGAAGGCUUUAGUUUCCUGCAGCAGAUCAAUGUUUGCGAUCGCAUCAGAGGACCAAAGGGGCCCGAGACCAAAGAGGACUGUGAGGUCAUUGUCAUGGUUGGACUGCCUGGAUCUGGAAAAACGGAAUGGGUUACAAAGCACACACAAGCCAACCCUGGAAAAUACAACAUUCUUGGAACAAACACAAUCACAGAGAAAAUGAUGAUUUCCAGUUUGAAGCGACAGAUGAAGGAUGUCACAAAGCUCGCAGCGAUAUCACAGCGUGCUCCCCUCUUCCUCGGGAAAUUCAUCGAGAUCGCUGCACGUAAAAAACGCAACUACAUUCUUGACCAGACUAAUAUAUCAGCACCAGCCCAAAGAAGGAAAAUGUGCCUGUUUGCCGGUUUCCAGCGUAAAGCAGUGGUAGUCUGUCCGACAGAUGAGGAAUAUAUACAGAGGACUCAGAAAAAGGCAGAAACAGAUGGCAAAGAUGUACCUGAACAUGCAGUCCUGAAAAUGAAGGGAAUAUACACGUUGCCUGUAGAAGGUCAGUGCUUCAGUGAAGUGCUUUAUGUGGAGCUGCAGAAGGAAGAAGCUACCAAACUUCUUGAACAGUACAAAGAGGAGAGCAAAAAGUCCCUUCCUCCUGAGAAGAAGCCCAACCAGGGAGGUGUUCAACCAAAGAGGGGAGGCACUCGGGGACGAGGAGGCAAAAAUCUGUUCAACCGUGGAGGAGGAGGAGGCCAGGGUCAGAGGGGAGGACGAGGAGGCAACUUUCAAAACCGAGGCAACUUUAGGGGUGUGCCUGGACCUCGUGGUGGGUUCAGCAGACCACCGAGAGGCUUCCUUCCUCCCCCUGCCUUCCGAGGAGGCUUCAGCCGGGGCAGUUUCAACCGGGGCAGUUUCAACCGUGGCGGUGGGAUGCCUAACAGAAGUGGUGCCCCCAGGCCGGGACCUGGACGUGGUAAUAUGGUUAACAUGGGCAACAGAGGAGGAGCCAUGAACAGGGGCAACAUGGGACGAGGGGGAGGAGCCAACCGGGGCAACUUCAACCAGAAAUUCAGGGGCCGAGGAGGAAAUAAUCGAGGUUUUAAAAACGGAAACUUUAGCAUGAACAAAGCACAAGCUUUCAACCAGAGCUGGCAACAAGGGUUCUGGAAUCAGAAGCCAUGGAGUCAACAGUACCAUCCUGGAUAUUACUGAACAGCUGUGAUGGACUGAUAUCAUAUAUAAAGAACAUCAGCUUUAAAUUCCGAAGUCAAACCUUCAUUUGAUCUAAUGUCCUUUUGUUUUUGUACAGAUUUUAAUAGGACAUUCCAUACUGGGAGCUUUCAGAGCUUUACAGGUUUCCUGUUACAGUUUUUUAAAUGAAUAUUUUAGGUUUGUCUUUGACCGCAGGUUUGUAUGACAACGCGGUUCAAUUCAGGAAUCUCAGUAUAACUUCAGGGUGGGAUGUUUGUGUUUGAAAUACUUUCAGGGUUCUGGAUUUUAUUUUUAAUUAGACUCGUGUGAAUCUUCGUGUAGCAGUAAAGCUCUGUAAUGUAAGAAUAGUAUUGUUGAAGCACUUUGCAGUUAUAUGAAGGAUAUUUGUCCUGCUGCAAUAAUAUUUAUAGUUAAAAGAACAUGAAACAUGUAUGAAAUUUGAGGGAAGACUUUUGCAGACCAUAUAUUUAAAGAAAAGGAACUGAAAUAACUGGAAAUGAUAACUAUAGUUACAUAAUAAUUGUGUGAUUUUUUUUUUAAAAAUAUCUUCAGUCCAUUGGAAAGCAGUCCAUAGCCUGUACAAAAAUGAAGAAGGUGCUAAACAGUCUGUACCUGUAAGUCAAAGCAAUGCCUGUUGUUUUGUCAUCCACUUGUCAGUUGAAACACUGCAGUCCAGUUCUACGUGUUUUUUUUUUUUCAGUGUUGUUUCAAUGCAUUUGAGGACAAGCAAAGCAUUGUUAAAUCAUCAGAUUUUGAACAUUUAAUAUUUUUUCUGUAAGGAGCAAUAAACAGCAUUUUUGAUUAUUUGCCUCUUAAAAAAAAAAAAAAAAAAGAAAGACAUUUUUGCGGGUUUCAGGAUAAUAUGUUAUGUUUCAUUUAUUUUACAAGUGCAUUAAGAGCUUUUUUCCAGCUGUAUUUCUUAAAAAUGUAAUGUAUUACUUUAUUUUCUUAUUUUAUUUUGAAAUGUGGCUUACUGCUCCUUAAAGAUUUUAACUUAAUUUAAGUUGAAUUUCAUAAUAUAUUUGGUCUUUUUGUAAAUUAUUUUUUAAAAGUGUCUGCGUCUUUAAUAUAACCUUAGAUGUGACCCCAAUUUUUGCAGACCUGUGAAAAUUUGUAGUUUGCUUCAAAAUAAUAGCAAUUAAAUAACACUACUAGAAUUUUGCACUAUAUCAUCUUACACAUGAAAUGGUGAUAAUACAAUUAUUUCAUAAUAGUUUCAUCUUUAUAGUAAAGCUCUAAAAAGGAUGCCAGGAUGGACUGAUUUUCUAAUGCUUUAACUGAAAAUGUAUAAUUAUUGUAACUGCAAACAAAUGCAAACAUUAACACAAUUAUAACACGUCUGAAGGUUUCUUUCUCUUAUCUAUAAUUCCCACAGCAAAUGCUUUUGCCUAGCCAUUCAAUUUAACCAAUAGGUUGAUUACUUGUUCUCUAGUGACUGAAAUAUGCAUCUAUAUUGUUUUUCUUUUUCUUUUAGAAUUGCAGAUAAUCUCAUGUUUCAGUAUUGUUAAGAUGUCCUCUAUGUUUCCAGACAAAUAUGAUGCAGUGACAAAUAUGUUUUACCUAUAUUGGCUAAAGAAACAGUAGAUAUUCGGAACAUAUUAUUUUAUUACUUUAAAAGUAUUGCUGUUUUGUACUUGAAAACGAUUAAUGGCAUGUGUUGUAGGAAAUGAAGGUGACUUUAACUGAAGCUUGUUUUGAUGUUGUAUUUGUUCAUGUUUAAGGUAUUUGAUCAGGUAACAAAUAUAGUAUUUAAAUUAUAAAACUUUGUAAUAUAGACCUUUUUCCUUCUUUCUUUUUAUACCUUGCAAUGUUUUUUUUUUUUAUUUUACCUUAAUCAGAUGAGAAGAAAAAGACCAAAUGAGUAUCUUAUUCCAUGUAUUCUCUUGGAAAUACAUUGUUUUUAAAUGCUAAUAAAGUUUUAAGAUAA